GAACUCCCGAUAGACGAAACCAGGUGUGUUCCUCUAGGUAGAGCCUUCCUAUGCGGCCCCAGAGAUCGGUCGGGGAUGGAGAGUGGGGCGCUCAUAUAAGACACCAAGCAAACGCCUCUCCCAGUGACCAGUCUCGACACGAAAACUCAUCAGCCGAGCUUCCUCGGCUCCCACACGACAACGCAGAGAAAGAGAGAGUAUAUACCCCAAGCAUAAACCGGAAUAUUUUGCCGACUAGGGAUUGACAUUUCGCGUUAUCGUACGUCAUUUUCUCAGGAUGUCGCAGCAGAUACUUCCGCUCGUCCUGGUCCUCUUGGCUGCGCAGGGCUCGUUGGGCCAGAAGCAACAACAGGAGGACCCGUGCCAGACAAAGUCCCGAGUGGUGGGCGACGUUGAGUACUGCGAUCGCUAUUGGGAAUGCGUGAACGGUCGCCCAGAGCUGUUCGACUGUCCAAAUGGUCUCGUGUUCGCCGGCAAGCAUCGCGGUGUCACCGAGGGUUGCGAUUAUCCGUGGCGUGCGAACUACUGUGACGGCAAACGCCAGGCAAAUCCGCCGAUUCCGACCGAGCACUGUGACUGGUUAUAUGGAAUCUUUGGUCAUGAAACUUCUUGCACCAGGUACUGGACUUGCUGGAACGGCACCGCCACCGAGCAGCUCUGCAUAGGUGGUCUGCUCUAUAAUGAACGGGCUAGAUCCUGCGACUGGCCCGAGAACGUCGAGGGAUGCCAGAAGCAUCCACUCUGCAACGACGACGCGAACGGCAACGUACCUCUGGGCAAGUCAUGCAACCGUUACUGGCAGUGCCAGGGUGGUUACCCGCGGUUGCAGCGCUGCCCGGCCAUGUUGGUGUUCGACAGGCGGUCGUUGAGGUGCGUGGUACCGCCGACGGAGGACUGCGACGUUCCCACGACACCGCCAUCCACCGAGGGCGAGUUGCCCGAUGGACGCAACGAGCAGGAACCUGAGGAGGAGAACCUACCGCCUGGCGUGCCGCCUCUGCCAUCGGGUGCCCUGCCGAUUCCUCUACGGGCGCGUUCCAGGAACUAAAGUCGCAGCAGGUCGUCCCGUCCGACCUGGAAGGACGAAGGAAGCACCAGGAGAUCCCUUUUCGACGAGCGAGUUCCCGGAGAUCGUCGAUCAAUGCGGAGAGCUUGAGAAGUUCUCUUGUCAAGUCUCCUCAGAUUCUCGCGUGAUUUUGCAGCUCCGUAAUUUUAUAAUUCUAGAAUUUUCAUAUAGGAUUAUAUUUUUGAAAUUUUUUAAAUUCUCUUAGAUCUUUUUUAAUGUCCCGAAAUUAUCCUGUAUGUCGGAGAAGUUGAAGUCCCGCGAUUCCUCAAAGAAAAGUUCCGUUCUUUCUCGUAGAUAAAAUCUUUAUUUUAUCUUCAUCACAAGGAUUUGAUUUUCAGAUACGCAUGCAAAAUUCAAAUUUGAGUAAAAGUGAGAGUGGCAACUGCCAAUAAUUACACGGUCCGGUUCAUCCUAAUUAAUGAGCAACAAUUUAUUAUUUCAAUUAAUUCAGGUAUAAGAAGUGAAAAGUUUAUCAAUUGAAUGAAUUAAUUUAUGAUCUAAGAUAAUGAAAAAUUGAAUAAAACUUUCUAACCUUAAGAAAGGU